GUUCUUGGCUCAACUUCCCAGAGCCACCAGCCCCUACGGAGGUAGCUCUUGUAUUCAAGUCAGCAGACAGCCGCACAAGCAUUGCCAUCCUGCAGGAGCCUGCGGUCCUCCCCCAACUGCGUGGCUGCGCAUCGUCUGUCAGAGUGCCCCUCUCCCCUCCCUCUGCCUCCCCGCCCCCUCCCCUGCGCUCGCUUGCUUGCUUGCUCUUUCCCUUUUCAUGAGAUGCAAAGCCUGGCGCGGAGCAGAGCCCUCGGCAGCAUGUUGCAGGAGCUCUUCUAGGGGCCUGAGGUGAGGCGGACACGCUCCACCACCCUCACCCAUGUACCAGGAGAGGGCUGACUCUGUCACUCAGGGCUUCACCGAGCCAUGCACAGCUGUUGCCGACACCGGCCGCAUCUUUCCAGCUGUGUUGCCCACCACCAGACAGAGCUCCUUAGCCUGAAGCAUCUCUGACCAUCUACUUGGCAAAGACCAGCAGGCCAUGAGGACCAGUCAACCACAGAACAAAGGCAUGAGGACUCGACUGGGGUGCCUGUCACACAAAUCAGACUCCUGCAGUGACUUCACAGCCAUCCUUCCUGACAAACCCAACCGUGCUCUCAAGAGACUCUCCACAGAAGAAGCAACGAGGUGGGCAGAUUCCUUUGAUGUGCUUCUCUCUCAUAAGUAUGGGGUGGCAGCCUUCCGUGCCUUCCUGAAGACAGAGUUCAGCGAGGAGAACCUGGAGUUCUGGCUGGCCUGUGAGGAGUUCAAGAAGACCAGGUCGACUGCAAAGCUAGUCACCAAGGCCCACAGGAUCUUUGAGGAGUUUGUUGAUGUGCAGGCUCCACGGGAGGUGAAUAUUGAUUUCCAGACCCGAGAGGCCACGAGGAAGAACAUGCAAGAGCCAUCCCUGACUUGUUUUGAUCAAGCUCAGGGAAAAGUCCACAGUCUCAUGGAGAAAGACUCUUAUCCUAGGUUCCUGAGGUCCAAAAUGUACUUAGAUCUGCUGUCCCAAAGCCAGAGGAGGCUCAGCUAGAGCUCAGAUGGGGACUCUUGGAAGUCACUGGCUUUCCUUUCCCCUUGCUGCCAAGACAAUAUUCUAACGUGAAAUGUCAUAGAUGUCCAGAGGCGCUGGGGUUUGGGGUGGAAGGCUGGGGGUGACAAGGGAAUGAUGAAGGGCUUUUCCAAAGUAUGACCCAGCUGAUGGAGCCGGGACUCUCUUCCUUCUACCCAGAUCUGUGUUUUGAUUAGAGGCAGCACCGCUGCUAUCACCCUUCUCUGGGUGGGCCAAUAACUGGUCCUUCAUAAUGCCUUCGGUCAUCUCUACUGAGAAGGCAGAUUCACUGUGCCGGGCUAAUUUGUAAAUAACGCAAAUGCAGUUCCCAUCACCCCCACACCACACCCUCUUUAGUAGGAUUCCCGGUCUUCGCCUUGUCCUUUACCCAAGGGAGGAGUAGCUAGACAUUUCAGUCUCCAGUUGGCUGUGUCUUCCAUUUCCACAGGACCAAUAGGGAGUCAGCGGUCCCUUCUCCGUCUAAGGAAUUCACUGAACUCCCUUACACUUGCAAUUUCAGAAAGGGUCUUGAGAAUUUUCUCCCAUGGCUUCUGAGCAGAGCUGUCCUUUUGAAAGAUAGAGUUUGUGAAUCUUCUUCAAUUCUAUUAAGAACUUUUCUAGAAGCCGAGUGACCAGGGAAUGUAGCAUCAGAAGACUUUUGUGCAAUGAGGCUCCGUACAACCUGUCUGUUGCCUAAUGUAUUCCAUGUCCUCACCUUCCCAUGGCAUCACAUAGCACUGAUCUCUUAGGAUGAAAGACGGCUUGGCAAAGGGAGGUAAAUUCCCAUAGCAUGACAGCUUUUCUAGUGCCUGAUGCUUUCCCUGUCUCUCCACCUCCUCCUUCCAUGCAGGCCAUGUAACUAUGAUGGGGGAGCCUGGGAACCUAGCCUGAAACUCUCAUUGCAGCUUGCUUUCUGGACAUACUUUCUUAGAAAGGGUCCACUUUUGGCUGUUGAGAAAUAGCUGCCUUCUUGGUCUCUAGCCUUUGGAACUGACCUGGGAAGAUCACUGUGAAUACCAAGCUGCAGAAACUCUCCUGCAAUGCUUGAGUGGUACCCUGGAAAUGCACCAGAAUACUCUUUCUUGGAGGAGGCAUGGACAUCACGGAAUCUCUGAAGUUACCCAGGAGAAAGCUGACCCUGCCAUCCGCUGCAGGGACGGGAAGAAGAAUCUUCAGCAUAGAGAGUGGAAGAUGGAAGAUGAACCUAGAAGCUGCUGGUCUCUGGGUGAACUGAGAAUGUGGUGAAGGCGCUGCUGUGAUAAUUCACAACCAGUCAGCUUGGACUCAUUGAAGAGCCAUAAACUUCCAGCUUGAGUGGAUGAAAUAGUCUGUGGCCAGGCUGCCCUAGGAAGCAGAUGGUGGAAGGCUGGGCUGACGCUCUCCUUUUGUGGGAUGCUAGCCCUUCUGAAGUAUCCUAGGGUUUGUAUUCUGGUCUUGGAGAAUCAGUUCCUUCCUUGGUUGUCGCCAGAGGCCAAGAAGGUCCUUGAGUCCUACCAUGUUAGUGCCAACUGCCCUCCUAGUAGUACAGUCAUCUGUGAAUGGGUGUUAGUUAGUGUCUGGGUGUGAACCUCAAAGAGAGAGAACAUCUACUUUCUAGGCCUCACACUGAAGGGACCUGUGGCAGUCACAUUUAAUGAAGAACUCUGAAGCUUCAAAUGAUGUUCCUAGUUAGAGCACAUAGAUUUCCCCACCCUGAUAUAAAAAUAUUCUUAGCUAAAGCUGCCAGAAUUAAUGUAAUGAUUAAAUUCUCUCACAGGGUAUUUUCAACAUUGUUUACAUAUGAAAUGUGCAUCUGCUGCCAAUGCUACUGUCCAAUGUGAGAUGCAUAUACACUGGACCUGCAGUAAUGGAGUUGUCCUAGAAGGGCCUUCUCACCACUGGCACUAUCUCAAUGCAAAAUGGCUCCAUGUGCAUGGUGUGGCACCCUCAUUUGGGGCCUAGAGUUCUUGCCAGCCAUUGGUGGGACGAAGGCUGCAGAUGGUAAUGUCAUGCACCCUGGUGACUCCUUCCCACAUAGGCGGUAUGAAGGACCAAGUUUGAGUAUCUUGAGUUUUAUAGUUAGACAAAGUCGUGUGAGUUUGUGUCUGUGUCGAGGAGCAGAUAGCUCUAUUUAUGGUCCUCCAUGGAGCAUCUAGUGUGUGUAUGUAUGUGUGUGUGUAUCUGUUUGUCUUUGGUUGUGAGUUGUGAGUCUUGGGCAGUACACCGCAGACAUGAUCUUUCCAUGUGAGUAGCUUUCACAUACCCUAUUUCCCCUGCUUCUCAUAGAAGGCAUAGAGCUUCUAGCCCUGAUACCUCUCCUCUUAGGCACUUUGGUCAUGCUAGCCCAGAUUUUGGUCUGUGAGGAAACAGAGAAAUGUUUACAACAUCUAGAGCAAUAUCCAAGCAUACCUCAUCUCUGAGCUUCCACAUCUCCCAGUCCCCUCCCCUCAUCUCUUCCUCUAUGAGCCUCAUCUGCCUCACCAGGUCGUCAUCAUAGAUGCCACCAUUUCCACUUGAUGUCUUCCUUUGCUUCAGUCAUGCGAGUGUGCUGACCACUGUACCCGGACUCAGGCCAGCCCAGGCAGCAGGACACAGGGCUAUGGCUUUCCAUCCCUGGUCCCACCGGAGUGUUGACUUGCUUUGGGUCUGGUGUGUGGUUUGCUGUUGCUCUUGUGGACUAACUAGAUCUCAGUCACUGACAAUUUGAGCUUUCCAGGUUGAAAGGGGAGUGAUACCCUAAAGUAGUAUUUGUUAUUAAGCAUGAACAUGAAGAAUAGGAAUCACCUUGAAAGCCCCUCACAAAUGCUAAUUCCCAGCUUCCACACCUGGAGGAGGUGCCGAUUCUAUAGACCUAGGCAAGGAACCCUUAAAGCAAUAUUGAACAAAAGAAAGAAGCUCCUGGAUACAUAAUGACCUGCAGGCAUUGGACGAAGACGGCCCAAGACAGUGGUUCUCAACCUCGAUGCUCACUAGGCUUACCAGGGGAGCACAAACAAACAAACAACAACAACAACAACAAAACUUAACUGUUCAGUUUCUACCACAAAGUAGCUAAAUUUGAGGGGCUCAGAGGAAGCCAGGUGGCAGUAGUUUUUAAUGUCUCACUACUGGUUCCAAUGUGCAGAUGUGGACAGGAAACAGCAGCCUAAGCAACGAAGAGGAACCGAACUGAGUAAAACAGGGCCCGACAGCCCACCUGGAUGCCAAAAGCACAAUAACCAGAAUGCCCUGCCCGCUCUGCAGCUGACUCUCGGUCUGACUGGCUCCUUUGAGGUCAUGUUUGGGUUCAGGCUACCGUAGUUGGCAGUAGGUACGCCAAGGUCAGGGAACAUCAAGGGCACUUGACUGAGAACUUUUGCCAUGCUUCCUCAGCCUUUACCACAGCGCUUCCUCCAGGCCUGCAUCAUGAACUCUAUCUCCGUUUGUCUUCAUAUACUCUCGUGUUUGGCCUUUUGUGUGUCAGGCUGUGCCUCUGUACCCAAGGUCACACAGUAGGGUGGCUGGACCAUAGCUAAGGAGUGAAGAGUGUCUCGGUAGUGACGAUCGUGAUACAUCAGCUUCCAAAUUUCUCUGUGAAGGGUGCCCCUUCCUCCACAGAGAUCAAAUCUGGGAGGCUUUUCCAAGACUACAGUGCAACAUGGAUCCUUGCUUCAAGCCCUCACUAUUUUCUUUGGCCCCAUGUUGGAUAGGCAGCGAGGAAGCUGCAAGCUGGCUCUAUUUUCUGGUGCUUUCCCCAGAACUUGCUGCUCUGAGAAACCAAAGCUGUGAACAGGCGAAUGCUCUGCCCAGGUGUUUGUCCUGGACAGGUCCACAUGCCCUGGACAAUAGAGAAGCUCUUUCUGCUGGGAGGGGGAAGGCAUGAGAACUGGAGGAGGAUGGGCAAGGUGGGGGAAGCCUGAUGAGGAAGGGGCAAGGCAGGAGAGCCCCCCAGCUGCCAGGAUGGCAGUUGCUUCUCCGUGUCUCAGAGGGAAAGAUGAAGGGGUACACAUUCAUAGGCAGGAUGGUCUUCUAGCAAAAACCUCAGAACUCGUUGACCCUGCAAAGGAACUGUGUUUUUCUACCCUUGCCUUCAGUCUGCCAAGUGUCAGCUUUCCUGAGAUCCAUCCCCUUCCAGUUAGAACAAGAGAGGUGAUACCAAUACUCCUGGCGGUGAGCGUCUGUGCCACCGUGUCACUUGGCAUGAGACAAGGAGGGAGAAGCCAAGAGAAGAGAUGGCUCCCUGUCCCUGUGUCUUCUCAAGGACUCUCCAGGAUGCGACACAAUGAUGUGAGACACAAUGGAUGGGACUAUGGGCCUCGCCAGAUUUGGGGUUCGGGGUCCUCUCAAUAAACUAUCCAUUUCUUGAACUUAACCCCUCUGCUCCUUCCCCUCUGCCAGGUUAGGAAAAGGCAAGUAGGCCCCACAUGUGCCCUGACCACAGUAGCCUUAGCUGGUCACUCACGGAGCACAACAGAGUUAGAGCAGCUCAUCUGCCAUAUAAACCGCUUGGCCGACCGAGUCCUCACUGAGUUCUUUCAUUACCAUGUAAAGUGAAAUACAUUCACCUUUACUGUACACAGGCUGUGAGAACAUAAUAAACAAAACCUGAACAAGCUGCA